AUGGCUUCUCGCGGGAACUGGCGAUCUCAGCGCCAUUCCAGCAAUCACAAGGGAUCGAACAACUUCAGAAAUCGCAACCGACCGAAAACUCCAUGUAUGCACUACCAGCGUGGCAAUUGUUUCUAUGGUAAAAAUUGCAGAUUCUCGCACGACGUUAACGGGGCUAACGACAACCGACCUGAUUCAACCCGCUAUGUCUUCCAACCCGCAGCAGACGAUCCAGACGCUCGAAACCAAUACUUCAAUUGGAAGAGGCUGCUCAGAAUUGGGAUUUCUGGGUCCGGAUAUUCUCGAACAGAACAAGAGGAAAUCACUCAAUUCUGGAACGGGGCUCUCGAGAUAGUUGAGAGCGAGAAUAGAGAGAAUCACCAGUUUCUCGUUAAAGAUCUUGUGGAUGACGAUCUUCAUGGGCAUGAAUUUAUUCUCGCAACUGCCGGUGCAGAUCAUCCAGAGGGGCUUCAAUCUGUUGCGGCUUACGAUGAGCCAUUCCUGAAAGUCAUCACUCAUCCCUCUCUGUUGAACUGUCUGUAUGUUGAUUCAUUCGUUGGCACUCUGUACACGUCUUUCGGCGGUACAAAUGGAGAUCGAGCAAUUGCAUUUUUGAGAAGCGUUUGUCGGAAGCUGAUGAACAGUUGGGACAAUACCAGAGAUGACGCUCCCAUAUCUUCGGACAUGAUGAAGUUGCUGUUAAAUACCAUUUAUCAGCUUCUGUCAAGGGUUCGACGAGCUCGAUUCCACGAUGAGAUGCCGGCGCUGCUUGAGCUCACCCGUGAAAUGGCGCAGAAGAUGACUGAAACAUGCUCCAAGGCCGACCUUGACGGAUUUGAAAGCAAGAUAGAAGUCAUGCAGAGCCUGAUCACCAGUGCCAAUCGCAGUCUUGCCUCACUCAGAAUGCCUGAAGCAGAUCCCCAGAAGGCUGGGCCAGUCCAGUCGACCUUUCCAAUGGAUAUACAAAUCCCUGGAGGUAGGCACGACAACGACCUCGCAGAAAUCUCGCAAGUUCAGAUUCUUCCGACUUACGGAGAGGUUAUGAGCGAGAACUCGGAGUAUCUGCCGUCCACCAACUUUCUUCAGCCACACUUUCUCGCCGCCCCUUUGCAGAGAUACAUCGACUCUAUGUUCCGGCUUUUGCGCCAUGACAUCUUUGGCUCAGCUAAAGAUGCCCUUCGAAACCUGCUACAGCAGGAUGACCUGGCACGUAACCCAUAUGUCUCAGGCAAGGAUAGCAGGGCACACCUUUAUCUAGGAGCGCAGAUCCAGCAAAUCUUUAUCAAUGCAAAGAAUGAGCUUGAAGCACAUAUUUCUUUCUUUACGCCUCCACAACUCCGCAAAAGAUCCUCGAGCGAGCAAUGCAAAUGGUGGCAAGGCUCCAGUCGACUGGAGGAAGGAGGUCUGGCUUGCUUCCUAAGCGCGCAAGGAAUUCAGAAGAAGCUUGUUUUCUUCGAGGUCACGGUAAAGAAUGCAUCCAAGGACCGAGGAGACCAGAAGAAAAGUAGUCUUGUCUCUGAUAGAUUUCCACCGAGCAUUACGGUCAAGCUUGCGACAUGCUUGGAGCAAGACCUAAUUUCCUUGGGUCAGCUUUACAGCGAGAAGGUCACCGGUGUACUUGUCGACUUCCACGGAUUGAUCCCUGCCACAUUUACCCCAAUCCUGAAAAAUCUUCAACGAAUCCAACGCGAGGGGGAAUUUUCGUUCCGGAAAUGGGUAUUGCCAGGCCGGAAAGAGGAUGAAGGCAGCAACAACAUACCCCCACCGGUAUACGCUCGCAAGCCGGGAUUUCUCUUUCCACUGAAGUCGAUUACAAAAUUUGGAGCAGAUCAGGUCGGAUUGGACCCGAGUACUCCCAACUCCAUUGACAUCUUGAAGCUGCAAUCCCAUACUGGUCUCGAUCAUGGCCAAUGCCAGGGGCUUAUUGCUGCUCUUACACGAGAGUAUGCCCUCAUACAAGGCCCACCGGGAACUGGAAAAUCCUAUGUCGGUGUCAAACUUGUUCAAGCUCUCCUCGAGAUCAAGAAGAAAGCAAAAUUGGGCCCAAUCCUUGUGAUCUGUUAUACGAAUCAUGCUUUGGAUCAGUUUCUGAAACACCUUCUUGAUAUUGGUAUCGAGAAAAUAAUGCGUAUCGGCGGCCGCAGUCAGGCCUCUGAGCUUGAAGGCAAGAACCUUCGCGUUGUCAGCAAAAACAUCGGAAAGACAAGGGUAGAGUCACAGACCCUCGGCAAGAGCUACGGAGAGCUUGAGGAGUGUAUGGAAAAAGCUGGGUAUUCAAUGAAACCUCUACAUAAGUCCCAGAAAGGCGUGGCCUGGGCCACAAUGGAGCAUUUUACAGCUGGAGCAGCCAGACCAGAGGGAUUUGAGACUGUCACUGAUGAUAAGUUGCUCAGCUGGCUCGGAGUCAAGUCUAUGAAGACACAGGAAGCUCAAAAAGGGAGUGAAGUUGAUGAUUUGCGAUUGGAAGGCCUCACACGCACUGCCGAGCAUAACAUCCAUAAUCUUUCGAUGCCAGAGCGCCGGAUCCUUGCGAUCAGCUGGUUCAAGAAAUGGCAGAAGAGCGAGACCGCCUCGCUUUGUGAAGCUCUCGAUCGUGCUGCAAAACUUCGUGAAACGAUCAAUGCAGUACAUGAAGAGAUCAAUCGUCGAGCCCUGAUCCAGGCCGAUGUUGUGGGCGUUACAACCACGGGCCUUGCUCGCAACAUCGAGACAAUACGGCGCAUAGGAACAAAGGUGAUCAUCUGCGAGGAGGCAGCUGAGGUCAUGGAGGCCCAUGUCAUCUCAGCUCUUAUGCCUGGUGUUGAGCAUUUCAUCCAGAUUGGCGAUCACCGGCAGCUGCGACCACAGAUUUUGAAUCACUCACUAAGCCUGGAAACCUCAACUGGAAGAGCUUGGCAGCUGGACAGAAGCCAAUUCGAGCGACGUGCUGUUGGUGAGCCAGGCCUUAAGCCUAUAUCUGUUGCACAGCUCAAUGUACAGAGAAGGAUGAGACCUGAGAUCUCGCAGCUUGUCAGGAGUGUGUAUCCAAAACUCGAGGAUCACGAAAGCGUCACGGCUCUACCCAAUGUUGUUGGAAUGCGACACAACCUCUUUUGGCUGGACCAUCGAUGUGGAGAAGACUCUAGAGAUGAUGGCAGCCGUGUGAAAUCUCAUAGCAACCAGUGGGAGGUCGAAAUGGCUACUGCUCUGGUACGUCACCUUGUUCGACAAGGCGAGUACAAAAGCACAGACAUUGCCCUGAUCACUCCAUAUACCGGACAGCUACGGAAACUUCGAGCCUCUCUCGGCAAUGACUUUGAGAUUUGUCUCAGCGAGCGGGAUUUGGAGACAUUGGCAGCGGAUGGGCUCGAGAAGUUUGAUGACGAGACCCCCAAGGCAAACGGCAAAAAGGCAAUCGAAAAGAAGACAUUGCUCCAGACGCUCCGUCUUGCUACCGUUGACAAUUUUCAAGGUGAAGAGGCAAAGGUGAUCAUUGUCUCCCUAGUUCGCAGCAAUUCGAAACGCAAAGUUGGCUUCCUACGCACCGAAAACCGCAUCAACGUGCUCCUCAGCCGGGCCCAGCAUGGAAUGUAUUUGAUUGGAAAUGCUGAGACAUAUCUCAAUGUCCCAAUGUGGGCUGAUGUCCACUCUAAGCUCGCUCGUAUGAAUGCACUCGGCACAGAGUUGGCACUAUGCUGUCCUCGUCACUCAGAAACGCCUAUUUUCUGUUCCGAGCCCAGAGACUUUGAGAGGAAGAGUCCCGAAGGUGGGUGUAGUCUCCCAUGCACCCGUCGACUUGAGCCAUGCGGUCAUCAAUGCCAGGCUAAAUGCCAUUCCUCGGUUUUGCACGACGGCUUUGCAUGUGGCAAGCCUUGUUCAAGAAUUCGACCAUCUUGUGAGCAUGAGUGUUCUAAGCUAUGCGGUGAAGAUUGCGGUCUUUGUAUGACAAAGAUUCAUGACGUGAAGCUUCCCUGUGGUCAUAUCAAAACUACCGUCAGUUGUCAUCAGAUGCACAGUUUGGACGCCAUUAAGUGUGACGUCAAAGUUGAGAGGACCGUCCCUAAGUGUGCUCACAAAGUUCAAGUUGGCUGCUUCGUGGAUGUCACAUUGGAGAAUUUCUUUUGUGCUGAGCCUUGCACGAGCAUUCUCACCUGCAGUCAUAAAUGUGGCGGAUCUUGUGGAACAUGUCUGAAGAAAUCCCAUAGCGGAGAAGUAGUAUUCGAGCAUCCCAAAUGCACGAAGAAGUGUGAUCGCCCACACGGUGUCUGCAAUCACAGAUGCCCCAAGGAAUGCCAUGAUGGAGAAAGCUGCGGUAAAUGCGAGGAAAAAUGCGAGGUAAUGCCAAUUGACCACCUUAGAACCAUCUCAGAAGCUCUAAUCAUAUUAUUAGGUUCGUUGCUCACACUCACAAUGCGACUCAGCCUGCGGAGACGCAUGUGCACCAUGUAUUGA